AUGCUGUUAAUGAAGUCAAAUGCUUGCGGAGGGAACUGGAACAAGUCAAGGGUGAUUGGGACCCACAAAGGCAGGCACUAUCUGCUGAGAUUGAGGAAGGGUCAAGAAGAAAGUGAGCAUUCAGAAAAUGAUCAGAAUCUUGAUGGAGGUGAGAGGGAGGCACAUGGAGCGAGAGAGGAGCAUUACAAGGCAGAUGAUGCUUCCAGUGCUGUGUCCCACAACAUGAGAACUAUUAGCACUGAAGCUGAUAAACUAGAAACGGAAAAUUCUAGUGAAAACAUAACAAGGGAUAUUUUGGAACAGGAGAGCAAAGCCAAUGCUACGGAGAAAACUGAUGGUGAUGAAAGCAAGUCUACAUCGAAGGUUGAUGAAGGUAAACACUCUGAAGGUAGUAGUUCUUCUAAUAAUGAUGAAAACAAAUCAGAAUUGGAGGUCGAUGAAGGUAAACACUCCGACAGUGAUAAUUCCUUGAAAAUGACAUACACUAAAGAAAACGAGCGCGAGACUGUAUCAGCCAACUCUGAGCAUAUCUUUCUUCCAAAUACAACUGACUCUGUUGAGCAGGCAAGAAUUAACUCUACAGGAGUGAGUAAAGAAACAGGCAACACGGAUGCAAAAGUGAACACAGAAAUGCCAGGUUCACUGCAGAAUGGGACUUCAGCACAAUAUACAACCGAAGAUGGUAUGGUCACUGAAGAGAAGUAUAAAGAGAGAGCCAAUGAGAUGACUUCAAAUGGGCAGCAGCCCGGUUCCAAUGCAAUUGAUGAAAGCAAAAUUGAAAUGGUAGAUUCGACCACAACAGAAUCCUCGAAUUCAUCGACUAAUACAGAGUCUGGCAUGUCAGAGAAUACCCCCAGGAUAAAUGCAACGGCUGAAGGGCACAGUUCUGAGUCUUACACAACUAAGGAGAAAACUGAUUCAACUCAGUAUGAGAAACAUGGUGGUGACGAUGAAUCCAGGGGAACAAAUGAAAGCUCAGACACACCUCUAAUGAGACUGUGGAUGGAGGUAACAUUGACCCCAUCGAUUCUUCCGACAAUUAGCUUUCCCAAGAAGAGAAAGAUGCUGCUGUGGAUCUGA